UUGAAUAAUCUAACCGUCCAUGGUGACUUAGGAUUAUCGUGGACCACUAGUUGCCGUCUUAUAAAACCAUGUCAAAUGUUGUUGAUAACCAUGUUUUUGCGGAAAAUUCUUUUUAAACUUCAUUGCCCUUUGUUUAAUUAUUUGAUUAAAGUUGUAAGUUAUAAUCUUUCUCCUACAAACCCCGAAAAAUUCUCCGAUUAACCCAACUAAAUUGUAGAGUCAAAGCCCCGGAAUCUUUCAGCAAAAAAGGAGCACAUUUUUUCAGCUCCAACUGCAUUUCCUUUGUUACCUAACUGUGUAUAUCAUGUGUAUAGGCACAACCCAACAAUCUUCUCUCUUACCCAUCUUCAUUUUUCUCAUUCUGGUUAAUUAUAUUUUGGUAGCCAUAUUCAGCAGUGAUGAAGAAUCAUAGGUCACCACACCUCCAACAGAGGACUUGGGCUGAAAUAUGUUGUUUCGGUUGGUCCUGCAUACAGCUCUUCUGGGCAAAGCUGGUCAUGCGUAAGUGGCUUAACAUGGGGAGUUACGACUCUGAUUACAGUGCUGACCCUGAUGAAGACGAUGAUGAUUCUGAAAGUGCUUCAGACAACGAAGAAUGGGGAAGACAGUCGCGGUUUGCAGACAACAGUGGUUAUGAUGAUGAAACUCCAUCUGAAUCUACAGAUUUUCUUCCCAGGUUAAGGAAGCAAAAGUCAUCAACUUUUAGAUCUCAGUAUAUAAACAAAAACGAGUUGAAGAUAUGUGUUGGGACAUGGAAUGUUGGAGGAAAACUUCCACCUGAUGACCUUGUUAUUGAUGAUUGGCUUGGUGUCACUGAACCAGCCGACAUCUAUGUACUCGGUCUUCAAGAGAUUGUACCCUUAAACCCUGCUAAUAUUUUUGGUGCUGAAGAUACUCGUCCUGUUCCAAAAUGGGAGGAUAUUAUUCGAGAAACACUGAAUAGAGUUCGACCUGAACUACCAAAGAUAAAGUCCUUUAGUGACCCUCCCUCUCCAUCAAAAUUUAAGCCAUCAGAUGAUGUGCCUGAUAUAGAAGAAGAAAUAUUGCUUGAAAGUGAUAGUGACAUUGGUGAGGAAGUCCAUCCUUUGGAUGAAGACAACAAUUUUUGUGAUGGACGCGCUGAUGGAACAAUCAUAGAUGCAACCGAGACUACAAAUUUAUUAGCUUCUGAUGCUGCUGAUAUUGUAAACUCCAAUUUGCCGGUUAAAACUGGUUUACAGAGACAGUUUUCUUUUCCAAAGAUGUUUGAUAGGCAACAGGGUUUGUCAGAAAACAUGGACACGUCAUUUUCCCAACAGGCCACUAAACUAACUCGAAUGCUUAGUGGAUCUGAAAGGAUUGGUUUGAGCUGGCCAGAGCCUCCAUUGCAUCUGCUAUCUCAGAGAGUUUUGGAUAGACCAACUUCUUUUAAAUCAUUGAAAUCCUUUAAAUCAUCUAAGUCUUUCAAAACAUAUAACUCUUUCAAGUCAAUUAUGGGUGAAAUUCCAGGGACAGAAUUGAUUCCUGAAAUUGACCUUGAAGCUUUGAUAAAGCGAAAAAGAAGAUCUUCAUAUGUAAGGAUUGUUAGCAAGCAAAUGGUUGGGAUUUUCAUCACUGUAUGGGUUCGUCGGAGCUUGCGUAAACAUAUUCAAAAUUUAAAGGUUUCAACUGUUGGUGUUGGUAUUAUGGGCUAUAUUGGUAACAAGGGAUCAAUAUCUAUCAGUAUGUCCAUACAUCAGACACUCUUUUGUUUCAUAUGUACCCACCUUACCUCGGGUGAAAAGGAAGGAGACGAACUUAAAAGGAAUGCUGAUGUUCAUGAAAUACUUCGUAGAACCCAAUUCCAUUCUCUUUCCUAUAUAGGGCUUCCCAAAAGAAUCCUUGAUCAUGAAAGAAUAAUUUGGUUGGGUGAUCUGAAUUAUCGUAUCAACUUAUCAAAUGUGGAAACAAAAGCUCUUAUCUCAAAAAAGCAGUGGUCAAAAUUAGUUGAGAAAGACCAGCUCAUGCGAGAACUCAAGAAUGGUGUGUUUGGAGGAUGGUCAGAAGGCAUAUUAAACUUUCCACCAACUUACAAGUAUGAGGUUAAUUCAGAUAAAUACUAUGGAGAGGAUCCCAAGGUUGGAAAGCGCUCACCUGCAUGGUGUGAUCGUAUUCUUUCAUAUGGCAAGGGAAUGAAGUUGUUGAGUUACAGAAGGGCAGAGCUCAAACUAUCCGAUCACAGACCUGUGACGGCCACAUACAUGGUUGAGGUUGAAACCUUCUCUCCAAGGAAGCUACAGCGAGCUCUAACUUUCACUGAUGCAGAGAUAGAAAAUGAACAAGCCAUAACAAAUUCGAGUAAUUGGAAUUAGCUGCUUAACUGGACAGGAGAUUUCACGAGUUGUAAAGAAUAACUUGCAGAAUUUCAGGGAGCAUCUGUGAUAGCUGCUGCAACUUCUAACUCUCACAUUACCACUACUAGAUAUUAGAUUCAUUCAUUUUUUGUUUCUUUUAAAUCUUUUUUUUUUUGCUGGAAAUGUUUGUAAAAGAUUUUGUCUUUUAGUAAUCUUACCAAUAAAAUUUAGAGUUAGUCGUUUGUUUGAUUGAGAAUA